AAUCAGUCAACAUAAUCACCGCGACUUUAUCCAAACCGUAGCACACUCAAGAUUGUGAUUUUGCCAAUUAAUUUUAGAGGAAAUACAUCAUCUCAACCAUGACAAAAAUCGAAGCAUCUCUGUUGGAAGUCUUAAAUGGCGGAGAACCUGCCAAAAUAUUGAUUGCCAUGAGCGACAGUCUGGAAACGUUACACGAAGAUUUACAGUCCCGCGAAUACGCUGACCGUGAGGAGCAGCUCACGACUAUGCAAAAGGAAGUGCAAGCAUUUUCAGAAAAGUCACAAGCCGCCGUAAUUGCACUCUUGGAGAAGGAAAAGGGUCGAGUUUCCGUUACUUGGGAAACAAUGUUUAUGGUCAAUCAGAUUAUCGUAAACGGAGCUGAUCUAAAAUUGGCUGAAGAUAUUGCUGCCAUUGAAAAUGUUGCUAGUAUUACUGGUGAAAAGUUCGUUGAAUUAUUGGAGUAAUGAUUGUCGUUUUGUUUCACUUAAUAUAAUUUGUGUAAAACGUUUGAAAAUUAAAAUAUUACGUUGAA